AUGAGUUCUCCAACGGAAACUGGACUUGAGAUUUCCGAUGAUUCAUGUGGCUCGCCACAGAAUUCCAACUCGUUUGAAGAAAUCUCAUCAGAACACAACGCCUCAUCUUCCCCUGUAACUCCAAACUCUGAAAGAAUACCUGUAGCUCUCAGCUUUGGUAGUGGCAGUUCCGAUGUCACUCCAAAUCAUGAUUCUGACUCUUCUUACUCCGAGUUAGACUCGGAAGCAGAGGCCUUUUACUCAUCUCUUAACCACCACCUGGUCUCACCAGGGAUAAUGGAGAAUCAUGAGUUAGCUGAGAAGCAAAUUAGCUAUGGAGAAUUGAUGAAAAGGUUUGUCCUAUGCGAGGAAGAGCUAAAGACUACAACUUUAAAGCUCCAAGAUUCUGAGCAAGAGAUUGAGAGACUAAAAGGUGAGGCUGAGAAGAAAAAAUCUGCUCUUCUGCUUGCUGAGACUCUGGAGGCUGAGCUUGAAACGAAGAACACGGACAUUGAGACUGAGAGAAGGCGAGUUUUCGAGCUGCAGAGACAGGUUUUUGAUUUGGAAGCUAAGCUCUUAGGCUCAAGUUUCAGUAAUGAGAAUCUAGUGAAGGAGCUUGAAGUGAAUAGAGAAAGCUUGGUUGUAUCGGAUGCUGAGAUAUUGAAGCUAGAGGAAAUGUUGAGUGACUGCCAGCAAAGUUUCUCUACUGAGAAAACAAAGCUGGAGACUGAUAUUGCUGGUUUGUUAGAGAAUCAGAUGUUUUUGGAAGCCCGUGUCAAAGAAGUCGAGUCACAUGGUGAGGUAUUGGAAUAUCAGAUUAGGCGUUCUGGUGCGGAGAAACUGGAGAUGCAGAGCAAAGAGGUUCAGUGGAAAGCUGAGCUCAAUGCAUUGAAGACGGACUUGGCCUCCAGAGACGACCAUAUCAAAGCGUUGAACAAAGAUUUUGACAAGCACAAGCUGAGAUACGACAUGUUAAUGGCAGAGAAAGAUGGAGUCUGUGCUGAAUUAGACAAUGUGAAAGCAGAGAUGAGAUCAAGAGACAUCCAGAUCGAGCAAAUGGAGGAGCAACUUAACCGGAUGCGCUAUGAGCAGACCGAGCUUGUGUCGGAAUCAGGAAUUGCCAAGAACACUGUGGAGGAACUGAGAGCUAUGGCUAAGGAACUUGAAAAGCAAGCGGAGUUGCAGAGAAAAGUGAUAUCAGAAGGAGAGGAAGAGAAGCGAGAGGCGAUUCGACAGCUUUGUUUCUCUCUUGAUCAUUACAAAAGUGGAUAUAGACAGCUUUUGCGGCUUCUUUCGAGCAGCAACAAGCGACAACAAGCAACCAUGGUCGUGUGA